AUGAGUCCUAAUGACUACCGAUACAGGACUGAAGAUACAAAAAGUUCUACAGAGUUCAUGGACUUCUUUUACACUAGGAGAGUGUCAGACUCUCCUGCUUCACCAGUCAGACUCUCCUGCUCCACCAGUCUGACUCUCCUCCACCAGUCAGACUCUCCUGCUUCACCAGUCAGACUCUCCUGCUCCACCAGUCAGACUCUCCUCUACCAGUCAGACUCUCCUGCUUCACCAGUCAGACUCUCCUCCUCCACCAGUCAGACUCUCCUGCUCCACCAGUCAGACUCUCCUGCUUCACCAUCAGACUCUCCUCCACCAGUCAGACUCUCCUGCUCCACCAGUCAGACUCUCCUGCUUCACCAGUCAGACUCUCCUGCUUCACCAGUCAGACUCUCCUGCUCCACCAGUCAGACUCUCCUGCUCCACCAGUCAGACUCUCCUGCUCCACCAGUCAGACUCUCCUCCACCAGUCAGACUCUCCUGCUUCACCAGUCAGACUCUCCUGCUCCACCAGUCAGACUCUCCUGCUCCACCAGUCAGACUCUCCUGCUCCACCAGUCAGACUCUCCUCCACCAGUCAGACUCUCCUGCUUCACCAGUCAGACUCUCCUGCUCCACCAGUCAGACUCUCCUGCUUCACCAGUCAGACUCUCCUGCUCCACCAGUCAGACUCUCCUGCUCCACCAGUCAGACUCUCCUCCACCAGUCAGACUCUCCUGCUUCACCAGUCAGACUCUCCUGCUCCACCAGUCAGACUCUCCUCCACCAGUCAGACUCUCCUGCUUCACCAGUCAGACUCUCCUGCUCCACCAGUCAGACUCUCCUGCUCCACCAGUCAGACUCUCCUGCUUCACCAGUCAGACUCUCCUGCUCCACCAGUCAGACUCUCCUGCUCCACCAGUCAGACUCUCCUCCACCAGUCAGACUCUCCUGCUUCACCAGUCAGACUCUCCUGCUCCACCAGUCAGACUCUCCUGCUCCACCAGUCAGACUCUCCUGCUCCACCAGUCAGACUCUCCUGCUUCACCAGUCAGACUCUCCUCCUCCACCAGUCAGACUCUCCUGCUUCACCAGUCAGACUCUCCUGCUUCACCAGUCAGACUCUCCUCCACCAGUCAGACUCUCCUGCUCCACCAGUCAGACUCUCCUGCUUCACCAGUCAGACUCUCCUGCUUCACCAGUCAGACUCUCCUCCACCAGUCAGACUCUCCUGCUCCACCAGUCAGACUCUCCUGCUUCACCAGUCAGACUCUCCUCCUCCACCAGUCAGACUCUCCUGCUCCACCAGUCAGACUCUCCUGCUCCACCAGUCAGACUCUCCUGCUUCACCAGUCAGACUCUCCUGCUCCACCAGUCAGACUCUCCUCCUCCACCAGUCAGACUCUCCUGCUCCACCAGUCAGACUCUCCUCCUCCACCAGUCAGACUCUCCUGCUCCACCAGUCAGACUCUCCUGCUCCACCAGUCAGACUCUCCUGCUUCACCAGUCAGACUCUCCUGCUCCACCAGCCCAGACUCUCCUCCACCAGCCCUGACUCUCCUCCACCAGCCCUGA